AUGAAUAGUCUAUGCUGGAAUGUGAGAGGGCUGAAUGCCCCUGAAAAACCAAGAAGUGUUAAAAGAAUGCUUGCUGCCAAGGAGUAUAAGUUGGCUAUUCUUUUGGAGACAAAAGUUAAGGAGAAUAAUGUUAAUAAUAAUUUUCAAAACCUUAAAAGGGGAUGGAAAUUCACUCAUAACUGUAGUCCAGAACACCAUACCAGAAUCUGGAUUGGUUGGGAUGAGGAGAGCUUAAAGGUUGAGAUCGUUAAAUCUAAAUCUCAAUUUAUUCAUUUGAAAGUUGGAAUUCUUGGUUCUUCUUUGGCCUUCCACUGCACCGCUGUUUAUGCUUUUACUACUCUUGAGGGGAGGCUUGAGCUGUGGAAGGACAUAGAGGAAAUUGCUGCUGGUAUGAUCGACCCCUGGGCUUUAAUGGGGGAUUUUAAUAUUGUUCGGCAUCAGAAUGAGAAGCUUGGAGGGGAGGCCAUUCUUCAUGGGGCUGUAGAGGACUUUAAUGCUUGUAUUUUCAAUUCGGCCCUAGCUGAUUUGAAGUGGAAAGGAGAAAUGUUUACUUGGAGUAAUAACCAAAGAGGCAGCAGCAAAAUUUGUUGUAAACUUGAUCGGGUCUUAGUUAACAGCCAUUGGCUGGAUAAACUAAGUUUUUCUGAGGCGAAUUUCCUUUACCCUGGUAUCUCUGACCAUAGUCCGAUCAUCCUUAAGCUGUUGGACAAUCUCAAUUCAGGUCCAAAACCUUUCAAGUUUUUCGAUGCUUGGACUACUCAUGGAGAUUACUUAGAAGUGGUUAAGAAAGGCUGGGCUUUCCCUAUAAAGCCGCAGUCCAAUCCUCUUCUUUGUUUCACUGCAAAGUUAAGGAAUGUUAAGCUUGAGCUGAAGAGGUGGAAUAAGGAGGAUUUUGGGGAUGUUUUUCACUCUGUCAAGGUGGCCGAAGAGGAGCUUUCUAGAAUUCAGGCUGAUAUAUCUUUGAAUCCGAUGGAUGAUUCUCUAAUUAUCCUAGAGAGAGAGGCCAAGGGCAAGCUCUGGAGUGCUUUGCAAAUGGAGGAGAGGGUCCUAAAGGAGAAAUCUAGGGUGAAGUGGCUCCAACUAGGAGAUGGAAAUAACAGUUUUUUUCAUAAGUCCAUGCACAACAGAUUCAAUAGAAAGCAUAUUCUGGAGAUUGUUGAUCAAAAUGGAGUGGUGGUUGAUGAACCAAAAAGGAUUAAAGAAGAGGCUGUAAAGGUGCUAUUUCUGAAUUUCAGAUAUUGGAAUUGGAAAGGGAGAUUAGUAGAGAGGAGAUCAAGGGUGUGGUCUUUGAUAUGA